GUAGCUCCUCCAGAGAAGUAUGCGCACCUUAACGGGGUUCCGGAUCAUCUGGGGGAGAUUCCGGACAGGCUCGAUGUCAUGUUUUGUGGUAUAAAUCCAGGGCAAAUGUCAGCCACGACCGGACACCACUACGCUCACCGGUCAAAUCACUUCUGGCGAUGUCUCCACGGCUCUGGAUUCACAAAUAGACUGCUCAAACCUGAAGAAGACGGUAUCCUGCCUGCCGAGUUCGGGUUGGGUCUGACAAACAUAGUGGACCGUCCUACUGCCCAAGCCGCCGAGUUACACGCGUCUGAAUACGCGGCGGGAGUUCCCAGCCUCUUCGCCAAGAUCUAUCGGCACAGACCAAGGGUCGUCUGCUUUGUUGGCAAGGGCAUAUGGGAUUCCUUCAUUCGAGCCGUCGUGCCGCCACCGUCGACACCGCCUGCAAAGGACAAGACUCCUGACGUUGGUAUCGUCUCUGCAACGGAUGGAGAAUGGACGGAGACAAAAUCCGAACCCGGCUCGCCAUUCGACUACGACCUCCAGCCGUACAAGGUAGUGCACGUCGCAGGUACGGGGUCCCUGUCACCCCUUCUACUGCACGACACCACCGUCCGCGAGACUCUGUUCUUCGUUAUCGUGAGCACCUCGGGACUCGUCGCGAGCCAUCAGCUCCCGGAAAAGACCAGGCAGUUCACGCUGCUGAAGCAGCGCGUGGACGCGCUCAAGGCCGGCACUUUCGACACGUCGUCCAUGGCGGUCGUCACCGUC